AUGGAGUUUCAAGAACUCGUCGAGCAAUUCAAACCUGCUGAAGGUAGCGUCAUCGUCACUGUCGCAGAGGAUUCGGAUGCCACCUACAUCGUGCAGAAAGAUCUUCUGAUCAACGCAUCCAAAGUGUUCUCGAAAAAGCUGUCAGGCUUCUUCGAUCAGUCCUCUCGAGCCAACCUAGAGCUGCCCAACACCGACAAGACGACCUUCCAGAUCUUCCUCUUCUGGCUCCGCAAAGAGAGGCUUCCAAAAGAGGAGAGCGGGUUCAGAGAUAUGGAUUGUCCAGACGAUGAAGUGGAGACGAAAGAAAUGCUCGUUCGCCUGUGGAGCUUCAGUAACAAGAUUCACGUGCCAAAGUUGCAGAAUGCGGCCAUGCGUUUCUUACUCAAGGCUGUGCCGAAGUUACUGCCCAGUGCUGAUCUCAUGCGUCUUGCCGUUGAGACGACACCUGAGGAGUCGCCUGUCGUCAAAGCGCUGCUGGCAGAGCUCGCAUUCGACUGUUAUCAAGGCGGGGGGUUGGAUGAAGCGUUCGCGGCGGUUCCUGGCGUUUGGGGCCACAUGGUUCAGCUUGUGCAACGGUCGGAACAAGGCGAGGUUCCAAGAUCGGUGAAGCAUCUGGAUCCGGAAUAG